AGAACUCUGCUAAGCUCUGCUGCAGAGACAGGCAGGAGUAGACACCCAGACACCCAGCACCCCUCCUCCGGGGGGCGGUGCAGUGGGGGCACGGAGAGCCCCUCGAGCGCAGCAGGCCGCCCCGCCAGCAUGGCAGAAGCUGAGGAAGAUUGUCAUUCUGAUACUGUCAGAGCAGAUGAUGAUGAAGAAAAUGAAAGUCCUGCUGAAACAGAUCUGCAGGCACAACUCCAGAUGUUCCGAGCUCAGUGGAUGUUUGAACUUGCUCCAGGUGUAAGCUCUAGCAAUUUAGAAAAUCGACCUUGCAGAGCAGCAAGAGGCUGUCUCCAGAAAACAGCAGCAGAUACCAAAGGAAAACAAGAACAGGCAAAAGAAGAAAAGGCUCGAGAACUCUUCCUAAAAGCAGUAGAAGAAGAACAAAAUGGAGCUCUCUAUGAAGCCAUCAAGUUUUAUCGUAGGGCUAUGCAACUUGUACCUGAUAUAGAGUUCAAGAUUACUUAUACCCGGUCUCCAGAUGGUGAUGGCGUUGGAAACAGCUACAUUGAAGAUAAUGAUGAUGAUAGCAAAAUGGCAGAUCUCUUGUCCUACUUCCAGCAGCAACUCACAUUUCAGGAGUCUGUGCUCAAACUGUGUCAGCCUGAGCUUGAGAGCAGUCAAACUCAUAUAUCAGUGCUGCCAAUGGAGGUCUUGAUGUACAUCUUCCGAUGGGUGGUGUCUAGUGACUUGGACCUCAGAUCAUUGGAGCAGUUGUCGCUGGUAUGCAGAGGAUUCUACAUCUGUGCCAGAGACCCUGAAAUAUGGCGUCUGGCCUGCUUGAAAGUUUGGGGCAGAAGCUGUAUUAAACUUGUUCCAUACACAUCCUGGAGAGAGAUGUUUUUAGAACGGCCUCGUGUUCGGUUUGAUGGAGUGUAUAUCAGUAAAACCACAUAUAUUCGUCAAGGGGAACAGUCUCUUGAUGGUUUCUAUAGAGCCUGGCACCAAGUGGAAUAUUACAGGUACAUAAGAUUCUUUCCUGACGGCCAUGUGAUGAUGUUGACAACCCCUGAAGAGCCUCAGUCUAUUGUUCCCCGUUUAAGAACUAGGAAUACCAGGACUGAUGCAAUUCUACUGGGUCACUAUCGCUUGUCACAAGACACAGACAAUCAGACCAAAGUAUUUGCUGUAAUAACUAAGAAAAAAGAAGAAAAACCACUCGACUAUAAAUACAGAUAUUUUCGUCGUGUCCCUGUACAAGAAGCAGAUCAGAGUUUUCAUGUGGGGCUACAGCUAUGUUCCAGUGGCCACCAGAGGUUCAACAAACUCAUCUGGAUACAUCAUUCUUGUCACAUUACUUACAAAUCAACUGGUGAGACUGCAGUGAGUGCUUUUGAGAUUGACAAAAUGUACACCCCCUUGUUCUUCGCCAGAGUAAGGAGCUACACAGCUUUCUCAGAAAGGCCUCUGUAGAGCCUCAAGUCCAGUCCACUAUCACUUUUGCAUGAAUUAAAGUAUAUAGCGCAAAAGAGCACCUAAGUUAUAAAUGUGUAUAUAUAUAUAUGGAAUUGGAACUUAUUUUAAAUUGUUGGAGUUCUUUUAAGAAGAGUAUAAAUUGAUUAUUUUUUUUAUUUAAAGGGAUAGUUGAUUCUUGGGGUGUUUUGAAAUUAAGUUGGAAUUAAUUUGCUUAAGCAUAUUUAUGUUGUGAGAAACCUUAAUAUGAAGUUUAUCAUGCCCUUUUUCAAGCAGAUUUAUGAGCAGAUUUCUGUCACAUAAGUCAUCUUCUAGUUGAGCAUCCUAAUAUUUAAAUACAUCAGGGGAGAGCUCCACUGGAUAAGCAUUUUAUUUCCCGCAUGGCAUAAUGUUUUUGCACUAAAGGCUCAAAGUGUGAGAACCUGUUCUGGAUUUGUUUGAAUUGUUUCACCAAUAAAGAUCAUAAAUAAAUGUUUCUUUCAAGAAAAUA